CUUUGACCGCUCUAUCUCUCUCCUCUUUCUAUCUUUCCAUUUCCAUGUUUAGAUUAAGAACACAACCUAUAUAAGGCCGGUUUCACACCCUACAAGAUAUUCAAAAGUUCAGGCUUUGAAUUCAUCAAAACUCGUGGUCUUCAGCCUGGAAAACUAUUCCUUGAUUCCAACCCACCAAAAACUUUCCAUUCAAAACCUUCUGAGUUGAUCAUUUGUUGCAAGAAUUCAAACACUGCUGUGCCUCUCUGUUGUUGGGUUGUUACGUCUUUGAAGGGUUAGUGCCAUAUAGUGGACUUCUUGUUGUAUAUAAAGGAAGACGGGGGGUAGUCAAGAAUCAACAACAUCUCUUCUACCUAUAGGGCCGGAGUUUGCUUUUCCCAUUUAAAAUUUACAUUAUUUGUCUGAGAAACAGAGAGAGAAUAACAAAGAAAACGUUUUUGGAUCAAGCACUGGUUUCUGAAUUAACUACAGGUGGAGGCUUGUAUUCUAACAAAUUGAAGCCGAUUGGUCCUUGAAUAUCUAUGGGUUUAUCGCUUUCAUUGCUCUUAUCAGCGUGGGAAGAAAUUCUAAAACAUAGGUUCUUCAGUUUGGCAUAUAACAUCAGCUUCGAUACCAAAGAUGGAGAGGUCACGGUUAGGGUAAACAGCUUCAAGAAAAGAGAUUCAGAAAACGUGACCAACAAGUCUGAUGAAAUCAUAACUACUAAAACCAGAAGAAGUUUAAAGAGUUACAAACCGGAAAAUGUAUUACUUGAAACAAGUUUUUCAUUCAAGGAUCUGCUUCAAGACAAAGAGAGAGUUUCAAAUAAAACUUUGAAUAGAAAAGAGGGAUUGAAGCAUUAUCCCAUUCCUGCACUUUCUCUUCCUGAACCAGCAAUCUUGUUUUCACCAAGACCAGUGAGUGAACUCGAUGCAGCUGCAGUUAAACUUCAAAAGGUUUAUAAGAGUUACAGAACUCGAAGAAACCUUGCAGAUUGUGCGGUUGUGGUUGAGGAGCUGUGGUGGAAGGCAUUAGACUUUGCAGCUCUCAAGCGGAGUUCUGUGUCAUUCUUCAAUAUUGAGAAACCAGAAACUGCCGUAUCACGGUGGGCAAGGGCCAGGACAAGAGUAGCUAAGGUGGGGAAGGGCUUGUCGAAAGAUGACAAGGCUCAAAAACUGGCUUUACAGCAUUGGCUUGAAGCUAUUGAUCCACGGCAUCGAUAUGGCCACAAUCUACACAUGUAUUAUGAUGUCUGGUUUAAAAGCCAGAGCAGCCAACCUUUCUUUUACUGGUUGGAUGUUGGAGAUGGUAAAGAAGUAAAUCUGGAGAAAUGUCCUAGGUCUGUUCUUCAUCGCCAAUGUAUCAAAUAUCUUGGACCAAAAGAAAGAGAAGCAUUUGAGGUAAUAGUUGAAAACGGGAAACUUAUUUAUAAGCAAAGUGGAAUGCCUAUAGAAACCAUUGAAGGUUCGAAAUGGAUAUUUGUGCUGAGUACCAGUCGGGCUUUGUACGUUGCGCAAAAGAAGAAAGGCUCGUUUCAACACUCCAGUUUUCUAGCAGGUGGCGCCACCACCGCAGCUGGAAGAUUAGUUGCUCACGACGGAAUUCUUGAGGCAAUAUGGCCCUAUAGUGGUCACUAUCACCCAACAGAAGAGAACUUCCGGGAAUUCAUCAGUUUUCUUGAGGAGAACCAUGUUGACCUCGCUAAUGUAAAGAGGUAUGCCAUUGAUGAUGACAAUCCCUCUUCAAUUACGGUCACCGGCGAGGAAUCAAAACAAAAGCCACCGGUGGGCCCUGAUGUGGACCACAGUAUCAAGGCAGCUACAAUCACAACCGUUAAUCAAAAAGAAAAGAUUGACAUAAAUGAUGAUUCCAACGCAGAAGUACCUUCGUUUGAUGUAGGAAAACGCUUGCCCUGCAACUGGACCACAGGAGCUGGACCCCGCAUCGGUUGUGUGCGAGACUACCCUGCAGAUUUACAGUCGAGAGCACUGGAACAAGUUAGCCUAUCGCCUCGUCCACCAACCGCGCCGUUUGUUAAAUACGGGCCAAUUCCUUCUCCAAGGCCCAGCCCAAAGGUUCGUCUCUCACCAAGGAUCUCGUACAUGGGCCUUCCUAGCCCAAGGACUCCAAUUCCUGCCACCAGCUAAGCUCCACAAUGGGUUUAAUGAUGGGUCAACAUUAGUAGGAUUUUGCCAUUUUGGGUAUCACUGGUGCCCCGACUUUAGGUUUUUAGAAGUUAGAACUGAGGCGGGGACAGAUGGAACUGACCGUGAUUUUUUUUUUUUUUUUUUUGUAAGAAAAUAAUUUUUUUGUGACUUUCUUACUGUUUUUUCAUUAGUUGAAUUUUCCUUAUGGCUUAAUUUUAACCCAAUUGUGUUUGGGUUUUACCUAUUCUUUCAUGUAAACAGAAAAUAUGAAGUAAUAUAAAUAUACAAUCAUAUUCAAUAAAUCAUUCUUUUUAU